AUGUUCGCCUACGACAGGCUUGCCUUGGACCUGGCCGUCUUCAACAUCGGCUCCAACAAUGAGAAUAGUCCGUCGCCGCCGAGGCCCGUCUCUACCGUACGCCUUUUUACAGAUUUUUGUGCAGUAGAGUAUUUAAGAGAAUGUUGAGAAUGCAAAUUUUUCAGUUGAUUCUGAGCUUAAAAUCAACUUUGUUCAUGCGUGUAGUUGAGCACACUAUUUUUCAAAAAGAAAGUGAAAGUUAUAAAAUGGUUGGAAAGUGUAUCUUUCCGCUUUUUCAAAAUUUUUUAUGCACAAAACUACGGUUAGAUUCAUUUUUAGCAAAAUUGUCAAGCCGAGCUUCUCCCUAUAAUUACUUAUCUUAAGAUAUCGUACUGUUUUAAUUUUUUAAACUUUUUUGCAUUUUUCUAAUAGGUAUGGUAUACCGUAUAGAUCUUUUGUUCCUCAUUGAAUGGUUGUAGAUUUUCUUGAAAUUUGGUUAUGAAAAAUGCUCAAUAUUUUUCUCAUUCCUCAUAAAAAAAGUUGUGAUUCUUAAAACUUUCUGCGACAGUGAUUUCUGGCUUUCCAGAUAGUAGAAGCUUACAGAAUGAUUUUUGAACCAAAAAAAUCAAAAAAAUUACAAAUUUUUUUCUGUUUCAAAAAAACCUUCAACUCGCAGGAUAAUUAUGAAAAAAAUUUGAUGAAUGUAUUCUUCAAUUCUCAUUUCUAAUGAAAACAUGUAAAGUGCUCUUGUUUUUCCGAUAGAUGACGAAAAAAAUCAGGGUCAAUUGGAUGUUUGCCGUUCGAAAAAGGCGACAUGUUUUUAAAAUCUUUUAAGCGCGUUAAUUCUGAGAGAACUUUGGAGUAUCAUUUUCAAAAAAAAUAAAGUGUUUUUUUCUAAAACCCUUUAUUUUUAAUGAACACGUUCUACAGUCAAAUUGGAUACUCAGAAACAUUCUCAAAAAUAACUCGAGUUUGAACAAGAAGAGAUAAUUAAAAUUCCCGUUUUCUUCAGGCACAAAAUAUCGGCGAUGAAUCGGGCAGUAGUGGUUACGGGAGUCCCAUACGUACCCCGCUAGCUUCUCCUUCAAAUGACAUCUUCAAUUGUGAGUUUCGAUUCAUUAUCGAGUUUGAUAGUUUUCUUUUUGAUUAUUUUGCGAUUGAACAGCCUCUGAAUUCCGUCAGAGUUUCCAAUUAUUCUGAAUCAAUUUUUAAAAAGCUUAAAAUAUAUCAUAUUUUUUUUGGAAAUAUGCCGCUUCUAAUUUAUACUACGGAAAUUGUAGCAAUCACAUCUCUUUUUUUUCAACUUUUCUAUGAUUACAAACUUCCCGACUCGCCACUACAAAUUUUCUGAAAAAGAACAUUUUCCCAGGUUUUUUCUGAGCUUUUGGUUCGGUUCAAUGUGUUAUUGGUCUCUUUCGAGAGUUUUUUUCCUUUUUUCCUUGAAGGGCCUUUUUUCUGUAUAUUUUCAUUUCUCCGUUGUUCCAGAAGUGAUUCACAAGUUUUUUUUCCACAGACAAACGAAAAAAUUACGUAAACAAAGGUUUUUUCUUUCUUAUAACAUUCUGAAAUGAUUAUUUAUGCUGGUUUCAGCUCUUCUACCGGUUCAAGUGCAACGGGCAUUUUCUGCCCAGGGUCCAGAAGAUAUCGCCCGGCAUUUUGGCGUUUCGCCAACUACGCCAAUGCACACGCCAGUUCCGAAAUCUGAGGUAAUUUUUGACAAAAUAUGAGUGAGUCAGAGAUAUUCAUAAAGAAAGUAGCAAUUUUCUUCCAACAGGCGUUUUUUGAAAACUCUCUAUAAGAACCUACUAAUUUUGAAUUUCGAAAAAUUUUGAAAAAUAAGGUGGCUUAUUUUGAAGGGGCAAGUCCGCUGAUAAAAAAAUAAUUUUUUUCGUAUUAUCACUUGCUCUAAAACCCAACACACAUCCGAUUUUACACAACAAUUCCGGAAUGACUUCCCCGUUUUUCUCAGUGGAGAACGCUUGUUAAAAAUUGUUGUAACUGUUGUAAUCCUGAGAGAGAAGGAUUACGACAACUUUAAACUUCUUUUUUGAUUAAGAGAUUUUUUUGCACGGCAAAAUUUGAUAGUAGAGACAAAAAAAGAAUUGCGAAAUUAAAAAAAUUCUUUUUAAAAGUUUAUAGUUAGCUUUUUCUAAUCAAGGAAAAAAAGCUUGAUGAAUAUUUCGAGAUGGAAUUGAUAAAUCCAAAUUUUUUUGGUUCCAAUUUUUCGAUUAUUAGAAUUAUUUAUCAUUCAUUUUCUCAUAAGUACAGUAAUUUUUCGAACUUUUUUUCAAUUCGAACGUGUUUUUUCGAUUUUUUCAAGCUGAAACAAGAAAUUAUUUUUCAUAUAAUUUCCAGACAGUAUUAUAAAAAAAAUUCCAUAUAAAGUUUAUUCAAAAAAACAUGUGAGAAAAAUUUAAACGCCUUCCGAAAUAUCAGAAUGGUUUUUUUAUCGGAAUGAAAAAUUUUUUUACGGUUUUGUUCACAUUUUUUUCUGCGUUGGUUUCAAGAUCUGUUCACUGUUUCUCUGUGGUAUAUUUAUAAAUUUUCUAUGGUUCUGAAUCUAAUUCUUCUUCCUCUAUAAAUUUAAAAACAAAAACUUCAGAUAAAAACGCUUCAAUAAUUAAUUUCCAACUAAAAAAAAGUCUUUUAUUUUUUCUUUUUCGAAAAAAAAAAUAUUAAUGAGCCCAAGUCAUCUGGAACAUAAUCGAAUGAGAUGAAAGGAGAAAAACCUUUGAAAGAAUGUCGGGAACUCAUUUGUGUGUAAAAAGCUUUUGCUUCACGUGAAUCCUCGACGAUUGUAAUGCAUUUUUUGUGCUCAAGUUUUUCCUCGUGUCUUAUUUUUUGAGGAGGGUUCAUCCAUUGGAGAUCUCAAGAUAUGUUAUUUUUCGCGGUUUUUGAGGGUUGAGAGUGAUAGGGGCUGACGUGAAUGAACAGGAAAAAUAGGGCUAAGUGGUUUAUCAAAUACUUUACAAGGGGGGUGGAUGAGAAAAAAAGAGUGGUAAAAUUUUGAGAAAAACGUACAAAAAAAUCCAAACUUUCAUCGAAAAAAAAUGAUUGAUUUGUCACAAUUAUGCUUCAAUAAAACUUGAAAACUUUCUCAUCCAAUUGAAUUUCAGUUAAGCGAGCGUAAUUGUUUUUCCUAGAACUUCAAUAAAAUCUUGUGAGAAGAGUUAAAGUAUAAAUAAUAUAUUUUUAUAUUUUUCCUAUGAAAAAAACUCUGAUAUAAUUGAUGAACUUCAAAAAAAACCAAAUUUUCAAAGUAACUUAUUGAGAUCGAUUUUUUUCAAACAUCCUUCGCCGAAUAACGGGCUUUACAAAAAUAUUCAAAAAUUCCGUCUUUUGGAUAAUUCCCAAUAACUUCAGGGAAAAUUUCUUAUUUUCAGACAAGAACAUCCAAAAAAGUUAACGCUCCCCAAUUGUAGAGCAAACCUACAUCUUUCCAAUGAGAAUAAAAACAAAAAAAAUCUUCUGAAUGUGCUUCAAAUGACUUCUCAUCAAAAAUCCUCAUUUUCAGGACACGCCGAUGGCUGUCGAAGACGGCUUCUCAAAAGACGAAAUCGCAGGAUUCGCCGAACUUCUUUCGUCACCAAAAAAGGUUUUAAUCCUUCUUCUCCUUUUCAACAAAAAAAGGUUUCACAUUUGAUCAAAAAACGCUUAUUUUUGAGAAAGUCUGUGAAGUUUUCAUUUUUUCCGAGCUUUAUUAGAGAAAAAUUGAGAAUGAACAGUUUUUUUUCGUCUUAUCUGAUGAAUCUCUCCAUUGAAAUUUGUUAACCUUGGGAAAAUCUUUUUCGGAAAAAAAAAGAAAAAUUCAAAAAAAACCAACUUUUUCCUUAACAUUUGAAUCUUAGUAAUAGAAUUCCGGUUAGUUAUAACCAUUAAUUUACUCAAUUUCUCUCAAAAAAAUUAUUUAUUAUCCAUCGAGCAAACUUCAGACAAAAAGAAGCAACCUUUUUCAGUCUGAAAAUCUCACUUAUAACAAUAGUGUUUUUUUCUGAACACGGUAUCAUCAGUUAGAAAAAAUACAAGAAAAAAACUAGUUUUCGAUACAAAAUGAAUUUAGCAGCCGCCAGCACGCUACCAAUGCCACAUAUGCUACGCCAGCGGUCAUCACUACAUUUCCGACUGCCCCCAGGUACCUUUUUGCUCUUUUCUGACGAAAACGAGAGCUGGAAUCGAACCACGGACUGUUUCAACAAUAAAGUCUGUUUUUUCAGCGAUUCAACUCGCCAUACGACGAGUUGACGCCGUACCAAGGCCGGAAGAAGUGCUACGGCGAGUUCACGGUGAGAUUUCUGUUUCUCAUGAAGUUCAAGGAAACUUGAAGAAGUUGCGGAGUACUUGUUUGAAAGGGUGUGUAAUUUUAAGUUGUGAAUGGAAAACCAAGCAAAAAAGUGGCAUUUUAAAAGAAGUUUUUUUAAAUUUCGAUGAGAAAAAAACAGAAAAAAAUUUCUUUAGAAAAAUAAUUUUUUUCCAGUUUUUUUCGAAGUCUUUUUUUACAUUGAAAGGGCAUUUUUUUCAUCAAAAAAAUUCUUUUUUUCAACUCGAGGUUGAGUUUUUUUAAAUAUUUCAUUUUGAACUUAUACCUUCUUUCAGAGGUAAGAAAUUCUCCACAAAAAGUAAAGUUUUUUUCAUUUUUUUAUGAAGAUACGUUUCUAUGAAAGAAGACUGAACUUAACUGCACAUAUCCAAAUUUUUCAUUUUUUUCCCUCAAAUUUAAUUAUUUGAAUGAAGCAUUCUUUCAUAGUGUUGAAAAAGAAGUCAGAGCCAAAAACGCGACUGAAAUCAUAGAAAAGUCUUGAUAUGAUAAGUCAGCUCAGGAAAGUAGAUUUAAGAAAAGUUGGAGAUUUUCAAAUGAAACCUCGUAAGGAGAUGAAUUGAGCUAAAAUCUAUACAAAACGAAUGAUUUUUCAGUGCCAACAGUGCAAACGCAAGUGGAACAGCCAGAACAGUGUUGCCAAUGAAGCGCAGUCCUGCAUCAAAUGUCACGUUCCCGUUUUUCCGCACAAACAGGUACGAAAUUGGAGUAUAAGGAUUCAGGUCCAGAUUUUUGAUACUAAUUAUAAGAAUUUGGCUGCAAAAUAAACUUUAGAACUUAUUCAAAAAAAUUAAAUUUUUCCUUUUUUUAAUCAACCAAGGUUUUUUUCGAAGAAUUAGCUUCAAACAAGCUGUAAAAAAUUCACAGCUAGUCCCUUUCUUUGGAAGGUUUCUCUUCCCAACUUGAUUCCCUCCUUCGAUACAAAUUAAAUCAAACUUUUCUGCGGCCGCCGCUCAGAUUGGUGCCAAAUAAAUUGGUUAACUCUGUCUGUGUGUGGUUUAUUCAGGGGAAAUAUGUAUACUUUCAAUUUUUAUUUGAUUUUGGUUGUUAGUUGUCGUGGUUAUUUGUACACACAACAGUGGAGUUUCCGUAGGAGAAUGAUUAUGGUGAUUAUGACGUCGUAUCCGAGUAAAUUGUAUGAAAAAACGCUUCUUUUCGAAAAUGGAUUUAACGACCAGCUUUUCGAGAAUAAACCAUAAAACAGAGAGUCACUCUAAAAAGAGGCGUAAACAAGAAGAAAAAAAGCCCGGAGGAUUCGAACCCAUGACCUUUUCUCCACAAAGCAACUUUUUAACCAAACGGUCAACAUUUAACGUAUAAUAUUCAGCUUCCCGUGGAAAAAGCCGUGACAUUGGGGCUGGUCAAGGCGCAAAGCGUCGCCAAAGUCGCGCCAAUCGGCCACGGACGACCGCCACGAAAAAGCGACGACGUGUCGCCGGCGCGACGCCAGUGA